AUGAAUUUUACUACCGUCGCCGUUCUCGCUUUUAUUAUUGUCUUGGCACAAGCCAGCCCUGCCCGUGUUCGUCGUGAUUCCGCUUCCGAUCGCUAUUGCGUCAAGCACAUGGAGCACUACAACAAGUACUGUGGAGAGAAUGCUGGACCAAUCGACCGUGCCCUCUUCGGAAAGGUGGCCAAGUUCUGCCCAGCCUACGAAAAGCACUGCGCCGUUGGAAAGGCCGGACUCGUCGAGCUCCCAGACCUCGGAUCCCCACUCGUGAUGCCACCAGUUCUUCCAAGAGGAUCCGACUUUGCCAGCCUCGAUUUGCCAAUCGCCGAUGAGCGCAAGCCAAUUCAACACAACGCACCAAGAACCGUUCCACAAACCACCCGUCUCACCGCCGCCAUCGUCGCUACGUGCACACCAGAAUGCACCGCUCCACACUGUACCGACGAGUGCAAGUGCGCCCACACCCAUCCAAAGGUCCACCAGAUGUGCAACCCACCAUCGUCGGCCUCCAUGGCUCAAACCUGCCAACGUUGGUACUCCAAGUGCACCAUGUUCGCUCCAGUACAGUAUUAA